CUUAGCAAAGCCCUCAGUGGAAACUCUAAGGCUCUGCGUAGGAAAUCAUUCUUGUGAAUGUGACACACACUCUCUCCACUUUCCAUAUGCUGAGAUUAUACUUCUUCAUCGGUUUGAUCUGCUUCGUGAAAUCAGACACAGAUGAAACAUGUCCUUCAUUCACCAGACUGAGCUUUCACAGUGCAGUGGUUGGUACAGGGCUAAAUGUGAAGUUGAUGCUCUACACAAGAAAAAACCUGUCCUGUGCACAAGUCAUCAACUCCACAGUUUUUGGGAACUUGAACGUGACCAAGAAAACGACCUUUAUUAUCCAUGGAUUCAGACCUACAGGCUCCCCUCCAGUUUGGAUGGAGGACUUAGUACAGAGUUUGCUCUCUGUAGAAGACAUGAAUGUGAUUGUUGUUGAUUGGAAUCGAGGAGCCACAACUGUAAUAUACAACCACGCUUCUAGUAAGACCAGAAAAGUAGCAGAAGUGUUGAAGAAAUUUAUCGACCAAAUGUUGGUAGAAGGAGCUUCUCUUGACAACAUUUAUAUGAUUGGAGUAAGUCUAGGAGCCCACAUAUCCGGGUUCGUUGGAAAGAUGUACAAUGGGAAGCUGGGGAGAAUUACAGGUCUCGACCCUGCGGGCCCUUUAUUCAAUGGGAGACCUCCAGAGGACAGAUUAGAUCCCCGCGAUGCACAGUUCGUUGACAUCAUCCACUCCGACAUUGAUGCACUGGGCUACAAGGAGCCAUUAGGAAACAUAGACUUCUACCCAAAUGGAGGAUUGGAUCAACCCGGUUGCCCCAAAACGAUAUUGGGAGGAUUUCAGUAUUUUAAGUGUGACCAUCAGAGGUCCGUGUACCUGUACCUUUCUUCUCUGAGAGAGAACUGUACUAUCACUGCAUAUCCCUGUGACUCCUACCGGGAUUAUAGGAAUGGCAGGUGUGUCAACUGUGGCAUACCACAAAAGGAGUCCUGUCCCCUUCUGGGCUAUCAUGCUGAUAACUGGAAAGAGUAUUUAAAACAGAAAGAUCCUCCUAUGACUAAAGUGUUCUUUGACACAGCUGAGGAGAAACCAUUCUGCAUAUAUCAUUACUUUGUGGACAUUAUAACUUGGAACAAGAACAUAAGAAGAGGGUCCAUUACAAUCAAAUUGACAGACAGAGCUGGAAACACCACAGAAUCCAAAAUCAAUCAUGAACCUGCAACAUUUCAGAAAUACCACCAAGUGAGUCUGCUUGCAAGAUUUAAUCAAGAUUUGGAUAAAGUGGCAGCCAUUUCCUUGGUGUUCUCUACAGGCUCUACAAUAGGCCCGAAGUAUAAGCUCAGAAUUCUCCGAAUGAAGUUAAGGUCACUUGCCCAUCCAGAGAGGCCCCCAUUGUGUCGGUAUGAUCUUGUGCUGAUGGAAAACACUGAAACAGUCUUCCAACCUAUUCUGUGCCCAAAGCUGCAGAUGUAACUGUUCUCCGGACACAUGAGCACCAGUAACAUCAAGAAAGCUACGACUACCGGCUUUUUAAAAGCGUCACCUCACCUUUUCCUCAAGGCACAUGAAAAGUAUGAAAAAGCAGGGUUUUUUUUUUUCCCCAGCAGCGUCCCAUGGAUGUCACAUUGCAAAAUGUCAAACGACCUUGGAUUAUGCAACAAUCCUGGGAAGGGAGCCCCUAAGUAGGGCAAGUCAGAAAUAGCCAGGCUCCCAACAGCCCACAGUCUUGUGUGGCUGUGUCCUGGGGCCCUUUGUUCCGGCCUGUCAGUUCUGCUGCCAGUCACUCAGGCAGCUCUGCUCCGCAAGCAUCUUAAGGGGAAGGUCCAGCGGGAGACCUCACUCUGGCCUCGACCCCACAUGCCCUGUGCCAAAGCCCUCCAGCUCGCUGCAUGCAGAAAGGAAUGCAGACUGACCUACCUCACAGGGUGGCUGUGUGGGUGUGGGAGGCAAGUCUGUGAAGGAUUCUUUGAAAUCCCACAGGGGCCACAUCUGUGAGUGGUUUGAUAAAUGUGAAUGUGCUUUUA